GCCACCAGCUUGACCUUGACCGGCUCCUCAAAAUGCAAAAACAGAAGUCAGAAGAAGUGACUGAAGAGGCAGCAAUGCCAAAAAUCCCAAUUGCCAGCAAGGACGCAGUGGAAUUCCUCUCCCUCAUUGAGGAAAAAGACGUCAAGCCUUGCCUUUUUGAAGAAUCGCUGGUUGCCAUCUCAGAAAGCGGACAGACGAUUGGAACAUUUUCCAUCUCAGUGGAAAUGGCCUACUAUUCAAUCAACGAAUGGCAGGAUGAAGACUGUUACCUUGUCCGUGCAACCAGCAAGGUGACUAUUGAUGGCAUACCUUGCACAACCACUAUGACAGGACGUGUAACAAAGAAACUGGAGACUGUUGAGCAGCAUACAAAGGAAAGUGUGAGGUUUAGAGAGCAUCCAGUGGAAACCAGGAUCCAUGUGACAAAGCGCCAAGAUCAACUCUUUGUGAGGAAAGCCAUAGUGGAAAGAGAUGAAGAGAUCCAUGUCAGCACUUUCUCUUAUAAGUGCUCACAACUCCAAGGCUUCGUCUCAGAGUCUGCCAACCUCCUGGUGUUGCGAGUGAUGGCCCGAAGGCAGGUUGUGCCGCAGGAUGCUGUCUUCCUCACAUUUGACACUGAGCAGCACAUCUGUACCUCCACCUAUGAUACCCUGGGCUUCCAGAAGCAGCAAGUGGGCAAAGAGGAAGUGGAAGUGUUUGUGAUUGAGAGAGCUGUGCACCCUGUGGAUGAGAUUCCCCUGAACUGGCAGUUCUACUUCCUAUCUGAUGGGCAUUUAUCUCGACGCGUCCAGGUUGGAUCCCCAGCCAUCAUGGUGAUCCUGCAGAUGCCUGUUCUGAUUGAAAUAGAUGAACCAGAUCCACGUCCGGUGUUUGGAAAAAUACUCCUAGACUGGGAAGAGGAUCCACAGCUAUAUUCCAUGUUCUUAGACAGAAAAGAAGAGCUUCAAGCCAGCCAUGCUACUUAUGUGCGGCGACAUCCUGAGCUGAAUGCCUUGCUGGCAGACUUUCUGCAGCUGCUUCUCCUUCGCAAGCCUGAUGAUGUAGUCACCUUUGCUGCUGAAUUCUUUGGCCCCUUUUCAGCCCAAAACCCACCAUGCAGGUCAUUUCAGUCAUCUGACAAGCCCAGCCCCUUCCGCAGUCGUGUCUAAAUUAUUCCAGUGGAAUGAUGAAAAUUCAUGGAUUGGGAAUGAAAGUCUCUGAAACUGUGGUGGAAUCAUCUGUGAAUGUUAAUGGGAGACUCCUUGCCCCGCUGAAUGGAAUCUCUUGCACCAUGGGUGGCAAGAUUUAGUUUUGGCCAUACUGGAUUCAUCCAGAUGGUGCAUAUGUGUCACAAGAUUGCAUGGUAGGUGUAUUGCUAAAAUUCUUAAAAGAAAAUAUCCAAAAACAUUUAUGUUGUCCCAGAUAGUAGUUGUCCUGUCAAUUUCUUUGUUUUUAAUUUUGAGAUAUAUUGAAAACAAAGUCUUCUUCUCUUUUCCUGCAUUUAAUUUUUUUCUCAGAGUUGUGUUGCAUCAAUUAAAUGGCACUUUUAUACUAUAUCUUGAAGGAGAAAAAAAUCAAAAAGGAACCAAGCAAUCAAGAAACAUUUGCCCUUUCAACUUAUGGUCAGUUCAGUGGCUAUGUUCUGAUUUGCAAAAAAACAAAAACAAAACUUUGGAACAGCCUUUGUGCAGACACAAAAAUUCACUACAAAUAGCUACUGAAUAGAAUAGAAUGGAAUAGAAUAAAAUGGACACAGGAGACAAUAACCAGCAAAACCCAGAAAAAUCAAGAAGCUAAAUCAUGAAAACACCUGGAGGAACCCAGUCUUCUCAAAAUGAUGUUAAAUGUAUUUCUAUAAGUUGAAACUGCUAUGAUUUCCAUGCAGAAACCCAGCCAAGACUGUAAAUUUGCAGAAGUUCACUGGAAAGUGACAUUUCUGUAGGGGGUAGGAACUGAGAAAUCAAACACUAAAACAAUUUGUCAUUUUAAUUAACAAUUAUGAUGUAGCCCCUCGGCAUAAUACUAAGAAAGAAUAUCAACUGUUCAAAAAUGUGUGUUUCAAUAAAAUGUUUGAGUUUCAGCCCACCAUGCCUGCUCAUACCUUUAAAGAAGGGACAAACCUCAUGCCUACUCAUACCUUUAAAGCAGGG